AUGGGUAGCCAGGAACCAGAGAAAGGCGACAAGGUCUCGUGGAACUGGGGUGGCGGCGCACCAGGCGGCACAGUCGCAGAGACCAAAAAGGAAGGCGAGAUCGCCAUCGAGUCCAAGAGGGGCAACACGAUCAAGAAGAACGCCUCGCCGGACAACCCAGCCGUGCACAUUUCGCGUUCGGGCAACGACGUCGUCAAGCGUGCGUCGGAGCUGACGGUCGAGGAAAAGGCCGGCGGCCACAAGGGCGAGAAGCGCAAGGCGGACGAUGACAAGCCUGACGCCGAGGGCAAGUCUAAUGGCAAGAAUGAGAAGGACGACGAUGACGACAAGGAGAACGGCGAUGAUAACGACGACGGCCCGCACGAGAAGAAUGCGGAUGGCAAGGAGGUGAAGAAGGGAGGCAAGGAUGCCAACAAAAAGCAGAAGCGGGAUCAGGACGAGGAUGUUGCCAAGGAGGGCAGCAAGAAGGAGGAUGGGGAGGACGUGGCCGACGAGAAUGAUGAGAACGACGAGAACGAAGAUGACAUGGACGUCGACGACAAGGAGAAUGGCCAGCAGGACAAGGCAAAGUCCAAGCCGGCUCCGAAGAAAAACAAGACGAGAGAGGAAGACGAGGAGGCAGCCGAAGAAGAGGGUGAUGCUGAGUAUAUCGAGGAAGACGAGGAUGCUGGUGCGGAGCAGGAGGAAGAUGACGGGGAGGCUGGCAAAGACGCUCACCAGCUCAGCAGCAAGAACAGGUCAACGCCAAAGGACGGCAAGCAGGCCAAUGGCAGCAAGAGUGCCAAAAGCCAUGACAAGUCUGAAGCACAGGAUGGCUCGGGCGAGGAGGAGGAGACGCUUCAAAUCUUGCCCGGCUUGUCCGCAUGGACCGGUGGCAUGCAAGGCAUGUUGCGCAAGGGAGCACGGUCAACAAGGAGCGAAGCAGCUUGUGGGAGAUGGAAUGCAUCGCGAUUUGUAGCAAGCCUCUGUCGUGGCCGCCGAUCAUCGAGCAAGCACACAGUGGGCGUUCUGUGUCCCUGGAUCAAUACUUACCUUGGCACUCCUCUCGUUCCAACAUGA